AUGAAUUCAACAUUAUUUAUAACAUCAGUAACAUUCAUUAACAAUUCACUUACAACAAUUGUUGAAUCAUGGUUUAUUCCUCUUAAUAUCUUAUCAAUUAUAUGUACUAUUUUCGUUAUUGGAUUUGCAACAUUCUUUUUAUUUAUUCUUGUUUUUGAUAAAACAUGUCAUACAGUUCCAAUGAUGUUAGUUGCGAAUUCAUGUUUAGCUGAACUUCUAUUAGCAAUUAAUGGACUUUGGAUAGCUGUAUUUACACUUCAAAAUGAUCUUAAACAAAUUCAAUAUCAUGAUUCAUUUUGUGUUUUUCGAGGAUAUAUAAGUUUUAGUUCAUAUGCUUUACAAAAUUGUUCUUAUUUAUUACAAUCCAUCUAUCGAUAUGUUAUUGUUGUUUAUCCAAAUCGUUUAUUUUGGCAAACAGCACGAACACAACUAUUUUUUAUUGUCUUUUCUUGGAUAUUUGCUUUCGUAUAUCCUAUUGUAUUUUUAUUUACUAAUGAAAUCAUAUAUAAUGUUGAUAAUCAAAUAUGUCAAGUAUCUCUUCGACUUUCUUUUUCUGUUAUUUAUACAGCACAAUGUCUCUAUAUAAUUCCUGUCUUAUCAAUUAUAUUUGUUUACUUUCUAUUAAUUCGAUAUGUAAAAGGAAUGAAUAAACGUGUAAUACCUGUCAAUACUUUAUUUCGAGCACAAAGAGAAUUGAAAAUGGUUCGAAGGAUAGUUAUACUUGUAAUGAUUUUAUUUAUAGCUGGUUUUCCUUAUGCAUUAUUUGUUUUCAUUUCAUUGUUUACUUCUCCACCAAAAUAUCAUUUUCGAAUUGCUUAUGCAUUUAUUAAUUUAUUAUUACCAUUUGCAAUGAUCUCUUUGUUUCAAUUUACUGACACACUUAAAGCGUCUGUAAAGAAAAUAUUAAACUAUCGACCAAAUACGAUAAUACCAGCAUUGACAUGA